AUGACGCAGGUAGAUCCUCAUAUCCCGCAGAUCAAGGAGAAUCAGAGUGUGCCGAUGUUUGAGGGGUCGAGUGGGAAGUUGAUCAAGGUGUUGGAGUCGAGUAAGUGCUAUCGUUUGCGGAGGGAUAAGCUGCGAGAGUUGCUGUCUCGGGGGCUUGAUGUGAGGUAUGGUAAGGAGUUGGCCAAGAUCGAGUUGACGGGCGGGUACCGUACUGUAGCGGCUCGCUUCACGGAUGGGUCGCAGAAUACUGGCCGCUUGCUGAUCGGCUGCGACGGCGCUCAUUCGCUCGUCCGCAGCAAUCUUGUUGGGGGGCUUUCGGCGCAGUUGAAGCCGCUGGGUUUUGCGACUGCGAUGUGUUACUCGAAACAUACCGCUGAACAUGCCAAGUGGCUCCGCUCCCCGCCCUUCCACCCCAUCAACCAAUUCGCCGUACACCCCGACGGCAAAGCCGCCUGGCUCAGCGUCCACGACGCCGAGAACAAAGACGACCCUUCAAGCUGGACCUUCUUCCACUACAUCUCCUACCCCACGCCACCAGACCACGACAAAUGGAACACCGCAAAACUCCUCCAACACCAGAAAGAGCUCGCCAAAUCCUUCUGCGAGCCAUGGCGGAGCAUAUACCAAUGGAUGCCAGACGACGCGACAGAGGUCUGGAACACCAGUCUGCAAGACUGGGACCCCAGCUUGCCGGAGCAUGGCUGGGACAGUCAGCACGGACGGGUGACCCUGGCCGGCGACGCCGCACACCCUAUGACCUUCCAACGCGGGCAGGGCGCAAACAACGCCCUCCAAGACGCGCUGGAGCUCUGCCGCGCGGCAGAGACGUGUUGGCAGAGUGUAGACUUUACGAAGGGAGGGGGGAUCGAGCCGUUGCUGUGUAUGAGCAGGAGAUGA